CAGUGGAAAAAACUGUUGGCUUGUUGUUCACCUGCUUGUGGGACAGCACUUCAAAUUUGGUAAUGGAUCAGAAGGACUGAAGAGCACUUUUGCUCCCACCAAUGUUUCUUAGAGCUGCUAAAACAGGACCAAUGAAGAUGUUCACCAGACUCCAAGUCCUUGCUCUAGCUUUAUUUUCCAAAGGAGUCUUCCUUUCCUUAAGUGACCACAACUUCGUAAGGAAGGAAAUUAAGAUAGAAGGAGACCUGGUCUUAGGUGGCUUAUUCCCAAUCAAUGAAAAAGGCACUGGGAUAGAAGAAUGUGGGAGAAUCAACGAAGACCGAGGCAUUCAGCGCUUGGAGGCCAUGUUAUUUGCCAUUGAUGAAAUCAACAGAGACAACUACUUGCUACCAGGAAUUAAGCUUGGAGUUCACAUCUUGGACACAUGUUCAAGGGAUACAUAUGCCUUAGAACAGUCUUUGGAGUUCGUCAGGGCAUCUUUGACUAAAGUGGAUGAAACAGAGUAUAUGUGCCCUGAUGGUUCAUAUGCCAUUCAAGAGAAUUUACCAUUACUUAUUGCCGGAGUCAUAGGCGGUUCCUACAGCAGCGUCUCCAUACAGGUGGCAAAUUUGCUCAGACUCUUCCAGAUCCCCCAGAUAAGCUAUGCUUCCACCAGUGCUAAACUGAGCGACAAAUCACGCUACGACUAUUUUGCGCGGACAGUGCCUCCUGACUUCUACCAAGCAAAAGCCAUGGCUGAAAUCUUACGGUACUUCAACUGGACUUACGUGUCAACAGUUGCUUCAGAAGGAGACUAUGGGGAGACAGGGAUCGAAGCCUUUGAGCAGGAAGCUCGCCUCCGCAACAUCUGCAUCGCCACCUCCGAGAAAGUGGGACGGUCCAAUAUCAGGAAGUCCUAUGACGGCGUGAUCAGAGAGCUGCUCCAGAAACCCAAUGCCAGAGUGGUGGUUCUCUUCAUGCGAGGAGAUGACUCUCGGGAGCUCAUUGCAGCCGCCAACCGCUUCAACGUUUCCUUUACCUGGAUUGCCAGUGAUGGAUGGGGAGCACAAGAGAGCAUUGUCAAGGGCAAUGAGCACAUAGCCUCUGGGGCAAUAACCUUGGAACUUGCUUCCCAUCCAGUUAAAGAGUUUGACAGGUAUUUCCAAAGCCUCAGCCCUUACACUAACAGACGUAACCCCUGGUUCAAGGACUUCUGGGAGCAAAAAUUCCAGUGUAAUCUCCAGAACAGAAAACCACAUAAAAAGGUUUGUGAGAAGCACUUCACCAUCAACAGCUCCAACUAUGAGCAAGAAUCCAAGAUCAUGUUUGUUGUGAAUGCUGUGUAUGCAAUGGCCCAUGCCUUGCAUAAAAUGCAGCGGACUCUGUGUCCAAACACUACCAAACUCUGUGAUGCCAUGAAGCACCUGGAUGGCAGGAAGCUGUACAAAGAUUAUCUCCUGAAAGUAAACUUUACAGGUAAUAGCGUCUCUGUUGGUACAUACAGAAUGUCACUGUAA